GAUCUUACAACAACUUCAGAGUCGCAACCUUCUUGGUGAAUCGUCGAGCUGCGCGUUCCUGUUAUCAGCUGAAGAGAUGUCCUAGCGGGGUUCUGGCCCUUAAAGCUCACAAUGGGAUGCGUUUACUGAGAUUCACGAUAAGUCGUACGUUUUGUGAUUCUAAAAAGUCUCAGUCUUGGUGAGUAGUGUAAAGGCGCUCAGCUACGGGGUUGGCAUCAUUGUCGAUGAACUUGUCUACAAACCCGAUGAUUACUAACAUUCAGUAAGAUCACUAUUGACAAUAUUACGUCGGUCCGAUUUGUCGAAAGCUGUUUUUCACCAGCGACAGAGAUCCGAGCUUAGUCUGGGAGCGUCUUCCUGAUUCCAGAGAUUCCUGCUUUAAAGGAGUACGGCUUGCGGCCGCCUUAAAAGCGACUUCGUCAAUCGGUACUAUUUGUCUCGAAAUGAGCGAUGUAUCUAUGACGCUUUGAGCUCAAGUUGGAAUAGUGUAUGCCGCUGGUACUUAUCCACUUUUGCUUAAAAUUUAAUUCUUACCCAGAUUUUUCGCUUCUUAGCUCUCAGCUCAUUAAUGUUUUCCUCUGUAUCACUAGAAAUGAAAACAAAAUGUCGACGAUCUCCAUCUUUACACCAAAUGCAUUUGGAACAUCAAAAGAGUUUAAACUAUCGUUUGACCAGGAUAAUGAUCCGCUCCACGUAAUGUGAGCCUUCUUCCGUUCAGCUGCAUUUUCAUGCAGAAUGACGUCUGUCAAAGAUGAAGUCCUCCAGUCCUGGGUUUCGACGUGAGACCUGUCCUCUGGACAGAAAACGAAUACGCUAUUGUGUAAAUUUACCUCACGUCCUUUGUUUUUGCUUCAUCAUGAUGAUGCCGCCUUGCAGUGUGCUCGAAGAGAAAAAGCGGGUUUUAGCUGCUGGUAGUGCUUUUAAUGUAGGCAAAAUGGCUUUUCU